AUGUCCCCCGGGGAAUACAGGGAUGACAAGAACUGUGAGGGGCUGGCGCGGUGCCAGCGCGAGGCAGAGGAGGUGACGGAGCUGAUGAAGCAGAAUUUUGCCCGGGCGCUGGAGCGGGACGGGCGCCUCAGCGACCUUGACAGCCGGGCCCAGGAGCUGCGCGCCAUGGGCGAAACCUUCACCCGCAGCACCCGGGCUGUGGCGCGGCAGCAGCGCAGGGGACACCGGCGCUGGCGCCUGGUGGUCAUCGGCCUCGCCGGCCUCCUCCUCCUCCUCCUCCUCCUUAUCCUCGGCCUGGCACUAUGGCUGCCACGGCCACCCCCUGUCAUCAUCACUGUCACUGUCCCCCCCGCCCUCACAGGCCGCGGGCUGAAGUCUCACGCCUACAUCCACAGCGUCCAGUUCAGCCACCACGUCUUCCUCAACCUCCACACCCUCAAGUUUUACUGCCUCCCCGAUAACUACGAGAUCAUCGACUCCUCGCUGGAGGACAUCACAUACGUGCUGAAGCCCACCUUCACUGCGCAGCAGAUCACCAACCUGGACAAGCAGGCCAAGCUCUCCCGUGCGUACGACGGCACCACGUACCUGCCCGGCAUCGUGGGGCUCAACAACAUCAAAGCCAACGACUACGCCAAUGCUGUUCUCCAGGCUUUAUCCAAUGUCCCGCCAUUGAGGAAUUAUUUUUUGGAAGAGGAGAACUACAAAAGCAUCCAGCGCCCGCCCGGCGACAUCAUGUUCCUGCUGGUGCAGCGCUUCGGGGAGCUGAUGCGGAAGCUGUGGAACCCCCGGAACUUCAAAGCGCAUGUCUCACCCCACGAGAUGCUGCAGGCCGUGGUCCUCUGCAGCAAGAAGAACUUCCAGAUCACCAAGCAAGGGGAUGGGGUGGACUUCCUCUCCUGGUUCCUGAACGCGCUGCACUCGGCCCUGGGCGGCACAAAGAAGAAGAAGAAAACCAUCGUCACCGACGUCUUCCAGGGCUCCAUGCGCAUCUUCACCAAAAAACUGCCUCACCCGGAUCUGCCAGCCGAGGAGAAGGCACAGCUCCUGCAGAAUACCGAGUACCAGGAGAUGAUGGUGGAAUCCACCUUUAUGUACCUGACGUUGGACCUUCCCACCGCCCCACUCUACAAGGACGAGAAGGAGCAGCUCAUCAUCCCCCAGGUCCCCCUCUUCAGCAUCUUGGCCAAAUUCAAUGGCGCCACCGAGAAGGAGUACAAGACCUACAAGGAGAACUUUCUCAAGCGCUUCCAGCUCACCAAGCUGCCUCCCUACCUAAUCUUCUGCAUCAAGCGCUUCACCAAGAACAACUUCUUCGUGGAGAAAAACCCCACCAUCGUCAACUUCCCCAUCACGAACGUGGACCUGCGGGAGUACCUGUCGGAGGAGGUGCAGGCAGCACACACCAACACUACCUACGACCUCAUUGCCAACAUCGUGCACGAUGGGAAACCCUCCGAGGGCUCUUACCGCAUCCACGUGCUGCACCACGGCACCGGGAAGUGGUACGAGCUGCAGGACCUGCAGGUGACCGACAUCUUGCCACAGAUGAUCACCCUCUCAGAGGCGUACAUCCAGAUCUGGAAGCGGCGCGAGGAGGACGAGACGAACCAACAAGGCGCCUGAGCCCCUCAGGGACAUCCACAACCUCCCCUGGGCGUGCCUGUUCCCCCCUCAGGGGCACCCACAGCCCCCCUAAGAGCACCCAUAGCCCCCCUGGAGGCACCCACAGCCCUCCUUGCCCCCAAUU